CACUCCGAGGCCCCGCGCCGCUGCGGCUGCGGGCGGCGACGGCUGCAUCAUGGGCUGGCUGCUGCGGGACGUCAGGCUACUGCCGCUGCUGCCUCCGCUUCUGCUGCUGCUGGCCGGGAGUGAGUGCGCGCCGACAGAAGGGCGGGCAGCCGCGUGGACGGGCGGCCUGGAGGCAGUCCGAGGAGUGUCUCUGGGCACGUUUGCAGCUGGGUCUGAUGAGCCUGGCCCAGAGGGCCUCACCUCCACCUCCUUGCUGGACCUCCUGCUGCCCACUGGCCUGGAUCCACUGGGCUCGGAGGAGCCCAGUGAGCCCAUGGGACUGGGAGCUGGCCUGGAAGCCCCUGGGUCGGGGUUCCCCAGUGAAGAGAGUGAAGAGUCCCGCAUUUUGCAGCCACCACAGUACUUCUGGGAAGAAGAAGAGGAGCUGAAUGACUCUAGUCUGGACCUGGGACCCACUGCAGAUUAUGGUUUCCCAGACUUAACUGAGAAGGCAGGUCCCAUAGAAGACACCAGCCAGGGUCAAAAGAUGCCAAGCCUCCCCUCUUCCUUGCCCAAGAUGAACCUGGUGGAGCCACCCUGGCCUAUGGCUCUUGGAGAGGAGGAAGAGGAGGAGGAAGAGAAGGAAGAGAUAGAGAAGGAAGAAGAGGAAGAGGAGGAAGAGCUGCUGCCUGUGAACAGAACCCAGGAAAAAGCCCAAACUCAGGUCUACGACUUUUCUCUCACCAGCAGUAGCCAGACACCAAGGGCCCCCAAACACAGGCAUGAAGAUUCUGGGGACCAGGCCUCCUCGGGUGUGGAGGUGGGGAGCAACAUGGAGCCAAGUCUGUCACCACCCUCAGUCACCCCAAAUACAGUGACCCUGGGGGGUCUGGACUUUGCCAGCCAAGAGGCAGGGGGCACAAUGCUGCCAGCCGCAGGGCAUGAGGUAGAAUUUGAGGCCCCUCAGGAGGCAAGUGAGAAGGCUACUGUGGGAACAGCUGGGUUAGAGGUGCUCUCCUUGGCCUCAUUCCCUCAAGCAGAAGCCCCCAGUGGGGCUGCAACCUCAAGUGAAGACCCCCUUUACCCUGGUGCCUCAACUGCUCUCCCUCAGUACCCCCAACACAUGGAGCUGACACCUUCUUCUGCUACCUUGGGACAAGAAGACCUCAGCCAGCAGCCCCAGGAAGGGCAGUCCGCUGAAGCUCAAUCCAGAAUCCCUUGGGAUUCUACUCAGGUGAUCUGCAAAGACUGGAGCAAUCUGGCUGGGAAAAACUACAUCAUUUUGAACAUGACAGAGAACAUAGACUGUGAGGUGUUCCGGCAGCACCGGGGGCUGCAGCUCUUGGCCCUGGUGGAGGAGGUGCUGCCCCGCCAUGGCAGCGACCACCACGGGGACUGGCACAUCUCCCUGAGCAAGCCCAGUGAGAAGGAGCAGCACCUUCUAAUGACCUUAGUGGGUGAGCAGGGGGUGGUGCCCACUCAAGAUGUCCUUUCCAUGCUGGGUGACAUCCGCAGGAGUCUGGUGGAGAUUGGCAUCCAGAACUACUCCAUGACAAGCAGCUGCCAGGCCCGGGCCAGCCAGGUGCGUAGCGACUAUGGAACACUCUUUGUGGUGCUGGUGGUCAUCGGUGCCAUCUGUGUCGUCAUCAUCGUGCUGGGCCUGCUCUACAACUGCUGGCAGCGCCGGCUGCCCAAACUCAAACACGUGUCGCACGGCGAGGAGCUGCGCUUCGUAGAGAACGGCUGCCACGACAACCCCACGCUGGACGUGGCCAGCGACAGCCAGUCGGAGAUGCAGGAGAAGCAGCCCAGCCUGAAUGGCGGCGGGGCCGUCAACGGCCCAGGGGGCUGGAGCGCGCUUAUGGGAGGCAAGCGGGACCCCGAGGACUCGGACGUGUUUGAGGAGGACACGCACCUGUGAGGGCGCGCGUCGGCGCUGCGCCGGGACCAGCAGGGCUGGCCGGGGGCGUGGCGUACACAGUCGCGCCCCCUCUCUCCCUGCCCGCCGCUCCCCCGCAGCCGGGCCCCCAGUGUCGCCUCCUGCUUCCCACCGACCCUCGGAACAGUCUUGGCACAGCCCCCCUCACCCCCUACCCGACGCCUCGAGACGCCAGUCCUGGGACCCCCAUUAAAGCCACCCGGAGCCCACGCCGGGCCCAGCGCGUC